UAAAACCGAAGGAGGCUCGGUCUAAGAUUUCGAGUGACGUCGCCUUCGCCGAUUGGCCGAAUUUUCUGGCUAUGCAAAUGAGGCCGGAGGGGUGGGCUGGCGCCGACGAGUAGCUGACGUCAGUUCCCCCGUUCGCAGAGAGCGAAACAAACAUGGCGACAGACCCGAGCGGACGGGGGCGGACGAUCACUUUACUCGUCUUCACUUGUGUUUUCGCGGGCGGGAAGACCGCGGCGGCGGUCGCGGAGUCGAGGGGCCUCACGCGGAUACUCGGCAUGCGGCUGGAGCGCAGCGACAGGCCGGCGGGGACCACCGACGCGGGGGUGAUCCAGGUGACCGAGGGCAGCGACAUCCUCUUCAGGUUCUACGGGCUCCACUUGUUCCCGAACAGCUCGGCGCUCAUCAGGUUCUCGGAGCUGUACUGCAGCGACAAGGAGGACGACGAGCUCGGCUCCGUCGCGGUGCCCUUCAACAGGACUUGUCCCGAGCACACGAAGGACAUAGUGGUGAAGGGGGGCAUGGAGGUGAGCAACCAGAACACCACCGGCGUGGUCAGCCUGCGGAUCAAGCAGCUCCGCAAGAGCGAGGCGGUCAAGGUGUUCGGCUUGUGCAUCCGCGACGCGCAGGAGGCGGAGGAGACGUGGUACCUGCUGGACGACAAGGACGGCCGGCUGCGCGUGGUGGAGGAGAAGAAGUCCCUGCUGCCCAUCUGGCUGCAGGUGAUCCUCAUCGCCUUCCUGCUGGUGCUGUCGGGCAUGUUCAGCGGGCUCAACCUGGGGCUGAUGGCGCUCGACCCGAUGGAGCUGCGCAUCGUGCAGAGCUGCGGCACCGACAAGGAGAAGAAGUACGCGCGCAAGAUCGAGCCCAUCCGCAGGAAGGGCAACUACCUGCUGUGCUCGCUGCUCCUCGGCAACGUGCUGGUCAACACCACGCUCACCAUCCUGCUGGACGACCUCACCAACUCCGGCAUCGGCGCCGUGGUCGCGUCCACCGUGGGCAUCGUCAUCUUCGGCGAGAUCGUGCCGCAGGCGCUGUGCUCGCGCCACGGCCUGGCGGUCGGCGCCAACACCAUCAUGGUCACCAAGCUGUUCAUGCUGCUCACCUUCCCGCUGUCGUGGCCCAUCAGCAAGCUGCUCGACUGCAUCCUGGGCCAGGAGAUCGGCACCGUGUACAACCGCGAGAAGCUGGUGGGCAUGCUGAAGGUCACCGAGCCCUACAACGACCUGGUGAAGGAGGAGCUCAACAUGAUCCAGGGCGCGCUGGAGCUGCGCACCAAGACGGUGGAGGACGUGAUGACGCCGAUCGCCGACUGCUUCAUGAUCCGCAGCGGCGCCGUGCUGGACUUCAACACCAUGUCCGAGAUCAUGGAGAGCGGCUACACGCGCAUCCCCGUGUACGAGCAGGAGCGCUCCAACAUCGUGGACAUCCUGUUCGUCAAGGACCUGGCCUUCGUGGACCCGGACGACUGCACCACGCUGAAGACCAUCACCAAGUUCUACAACCACCCGGUCCACUUCGUCUUCCACGACACCAAGCUGGACUCCAUGCUGGAGGAGUUCAAGAAAGGAAAAUCCCACCUGGCCAUCGUGCAGAAGGUGAACAACGAGGGGGAGGGGGAUCCGUUCUACGAAGUGUUGGGCCUGGUCACGCUGGAAGACGUGAUCGAGGAGAUAAUCAAAUCAGAGAUUCUGGAUGAAUCGGACCUUUACACUGACAACCGCAACAGGAAAAAGGUGGCGCCCAACAAGAACAAGAGGGACUUCUCCGCCUUCAAGCAGAGCGAGAGUGAAUCCAAGGCGAAGAUCUCUCCCCAGCUGCUGCUGGCUGCCCAUCGCUACCUGGCCACAGAGGUGACCCUGUUCAGCCCGUCGCAGAUCUCGGAGAAGGUGCUGCUGCGGAUCCUGCGCCAUCACGACGUGAUCCAGGAGAUCAAGUUCAACGACGGCGACAAGCGCUCGACCAGCCACUACGUCUACCAGAGGGGCAAGCCCGUCGACUUCUUCGUUCUCAUCCUCCAGGGCCGAGUGGAAGUGGAGGCCGGUAACGAGAACAUGAAGUUUGAGACGGGACCGUUCUCCUUCUACGGUGUCAUGGCGCUCAAUGCUCCCACGCUGGAGUUCCGUUCGCCGUCGCACGUCAGCGGGCUGAACCGCACGGCGUCUCUGAGCGGCGCCGACCGCGCGGACUCGCUCUCCAUCAGCGGCAGCAACAGCCAGCUCAACAGCAGCUUCCCCUCGCAGCAGUACGUACCCGACUUCUACGUCCGGGCCCUCACCGACCUGCAGUUCGUCAAGAUCACGCGGACUCAGUACCAGAACGGCCUGAUGGCGUCCCGUCUCGACAGCACGCCCCAGUCGCCGGAGAGCGGCCACAACGCCGACCGCCUGGACCAGGGCACUCCCCCCGCCACCACCGCCGCCGACAUCACCAUCACGGACCUGGGCGGCGACUCCACCCCGUCGGAGAACGGGCCGGACGAGACCACGCUCCUCCUCCUCAACGAGCAGAACUCGCCGCACACGGCCAACCACCACAGCCCGCUGGAAAACAGCAUUUGACCCGAUCCCCGAUCCCCCGUACCUCCAUACGCAUGCACUGCUACGCUCGGAUAUAUGCUGGGGAAGGGGAGGAGUGUGUGUGUCUUUGUGUGUGUGUGAAUGGGAACGCAGACAAACUUCCAGGCCCCCAAAGAAACAAGCCAUGUGCGUGCGUAUUGUGUAAAUAUGCGAGGGUUACACAAAAGCAUACGCACACACAGACGUAAAACCAAAGUGUGUCCUCAAUCACCCGAACUCAUCUAGUUCACCGAAAGCAAAGAAAAUCUGCAUCUGUGUGUGUGUGUGUGUGUGUGUGUGUGUGUGUGUGUGUGUGUGUGUGUGUGUGUGUGUGUGUGUGUGUGUGUGUGUGUGUGUGUGUGUGUGUGUGUGUGUGUGUGUGUGUGUGUGUGUGUGUGUGUGUGUGUGUGUGUGUGUGUGUGUGUGUGUGUGUGCGCGCACUGACGACAACCAUUUGAAUGACCUGCCUCUCUGGACCAGGAAGCUCCUCCCUCUCUUGCCCCGUCAAAGUCAUCGCUGAUCGGAGGCGUCGCCGAUGGGGCGAGAGUCGUCCUCUUUGCGCGCGUGUUGCUUCCAAUUCACUGUCCCUAAACAGAGACUCAGGGAGACCCCACCCCCCCACCCACCCCCAAGUACAGACAUGCAAGUGCAGUGGAGGAACGCCGCAAACCAACCCCCCCCCGCCGCUGCAUGUGUAGCAACCUGCUUCCCCCCCUGCACCACCACCCGUACAGCUAGAAGACAAAGACCCCUCCCCCCGGCAUGUCAGCGGACUUCCGACAAAGUAAUAUAUGUUCCAUGGAAAUUCAUAGUGAGAUAUUUAUUGUUAAAACAAGACUCCUCCUGGCCGCCCUUUUUCUGCUGUUUUGUUUGGUGUACCUCGGUUUUGGCGGAGACGGGCGAGAGUUCGGGUGGAUCGUCAUUUCACAUCGAGUCAAGUAAAAGUAGCCUUUUAUGGCGAGAGUCGCGCAGAGAUUCCGCCGCCGAUAGUCUGUAUUGUGAUCAAGACAAUCAAUAUGUAAAAUGAGAGACGAAUGUGUUGAAUUAAAUGUGUAGGGUACGUUAACUCUCGCAGGCGACGGGUGUGCGAGAGCGCGGCGGGGGACGACGGCGACGAGCGCGAGUUCUCGCCUACUUCACGAGAGACGAUGGCUUCUCCCUGUCUGUCUGUCUGUCUGCCUGUCUGUCUCAUUGUGUGUGUGUGUGUGUGUGUGUGUGUGUGUGUGUCUGUCUGUGUGCGCGCGCGUGCGUGCGUGCGACCAAAAUGGCCGUCACCAGACUUGGUGGGGAACAGAAACCAAAAGAGGGAAGCUUGAUUCACUUCCUGACUAGAAAAUACUAUAAGAAAUUUUUUGAGAUUUUAUUUAUUUUGGUGUAUAUAUAUUUUUGUUGAUGAAAACGGGCAAAAAAUAUGAGGAAAAAAAAUCAGAUUUUUCAUUUUUGCCUGGUCGUGAGAUUUUAAGUGGUUAUGUUUUUGGGGGGUUUUGGGGUCGUCGCUCUGACUUAAUGAACAGCAACUUGAAAGAUUUUUUUUUUGUUUUGUUUCAAACACAGUGCUCGACCGCGGCAUCACACACACUUCAUCAGUUCAAUCACAGUGUCUAUUUUACCGCUGCAGCAACAAAGCAUGUUUUUCAGAGCACUGCUCACACUCCACUUAUCUACUGUACAUUCUGAAGAGAUUCCAAAGCAGAAGAAAUGAUCCCAACACUCUUUUGUCUGAUUUCUAGCAGAUUUUCUUUUAUAGUUACUUUUCAGUGGAAAAGCAACAUGAGAAAUAAACCGUACAUGAAGUUUUUUUGUUUUUAAAAUCAAAGUUAUUUCUGCAAAGAUGAACGUUUCAUUUUUUCCUCUCUUAAUUCUUGCAGCAUGUUUUUUUUUUUAAACAUUUUUUUGUCCCUCUUAAAAACCAGAGACUGUAAAUAAAGAUGGACGACUCGUCUCUGCUUCCUCCGCGUUGUACAAAAAAAAAGGAAAUAUCCCGGAUGUGGACAUGGCGCCGCCGUCUUGCAUUCUGACGUCUGUGCAGUAAAGUGAUCGUGGAGUAGCCCCGCCCACACACGCGCCCUCUCAACCAAUCGCUGGUUAUUUUCAGCUUGUCAAUCGUGAAGAGUGUUACGGCAUCAAACAACAACUUAAAACCAAACAAAGAAAAGAAUGGCGUCUUGAAAACACACGAGUGUGAUGAGAACUACCUGAAACGUCGGAAACCAUCUUUAGGAUAAAAAUGAUUUGACUUGUGUUCUUGUGCUCAUGUCCCAUCCGCUAACACGGAGGAGGCGGGGCUUCAUGACGUGUGCCGCAGCCAGCCACCAGGGGGCGAUCCAGAUGAUUUGGCUCACGUGACGUCGUCCAUCUUUUUUCUACCCGGUCUGCUUCAAAAAAAGAAAAAAAAUCACAGGUGAACCGAAGGGGAUUCUGGGAAACGUAGGACUCCAGGAGCGGACGACCACGAGCGUCUCAGAAGGACAAAUCAUCACAAAUGAGAGAUUUAUGAGUUGGUUCAAAUUGAUUCUUUUUUUUUCUAUAUUUGUUUCUGAAUCGACACGUGACGCGUGUCCCAUUCGCUCGAUUCCUCUUCUGUCGAUGGACGAACACUGUGAAGUUUUUGUAAAAGUAAAAGAAGAAAAAGAGCAUUGUUUUGGUCGGACAGAAAUAUUCUGGUGAUUCGUCCUCGUCGGCAGCGAAUAUUAUUCAUCACUCGCCCCUUGUUCCUUUUUUUCUCUCUGCCCCGCAUCAAUCUGAAACCAGAGUCUGACCGUUCGUCGAAUUCCUCUGAAGAAUUUUGUUGUUUUUAGACGUUUGAAUCUGUUGUGGUCUUCGUUCUUGGGAAAGCAGAAGUGUCACCAGUGUGAAAUGAGAAGAUCCAGAAAAUUAACUUACUGUACUUUUUGUUGUUGUUUUUCUUAGUCAAUUGCCACCUAAUCCAGUGUGGUGACACGCACGGAAAUAUUCCUGGUGUUUUUUCGACCUGAGGUUUUUGAUGGGGUCGUCGAUUUGUUUUUUUCUUCUCUUAUUUCACUGUACCCAUUUCUCCCAAAGACACGAGCGGCGACAAUCUGAAGAACAGUUUAGUUUGACGUGUUGUGUUCAGGGGCCUGAUGAGCGGCUGCUGGCGUUUUGUUCUGUCUUUAACAAUUUUAUGCCAAAAAAAUGUAUCGACACGUUGAACAUGAAUCAGUUUUAAUUUAACCCCCGAAAGGUCAAAGGGUCGUCACGGAGGCCCGUCGUCGCCGUAACCGUGGUGUCUCACACACACACACGCACACACACACACUCUUUGCCUCACGCUGCCUUAACAAAAACACUUCUAGUCGAGUGUCUAAUUAACUUUGCUGGUUCCUUUUUAUUUUUAUUACUGGAAAAUGUUCAGAACAACACUAAUCAAAUCACUCGAACCUCGCUGGGCGAAGACGAGGACGCACAUCGGUUUCUUAGCGGAGAGGAAAAGGAAAUCUUCGCCCACACACACACACAAGUGAAUAAAGCUAAUUCGAUUAUUAUUAUUUUUCUGAAACAAAAGUCCCUGAAACUCAGGGCGGUGUCUUUUACUUUUUAAAUUUUUUUUGAAACGUAGCAACAUUUUCUGGGAUGUUUAAGGUCCAUAUUUAUAUUCACAUGUCUGUAAUGUCUAUGUGUUAUAUAUUUACUGUGCUGGACAGUAACGCACGAGGACGACGUCAUCAUCAUAAUCAGCAUCAGCAGAAGCCAUGACAACGCUACAGCUUUGCCGAUGUGGCCAACCACGCGCGUGACCUCAGUCGGCCACAUCCGGAUGCAUUAUCUUAAAAAAAAAAAAACUUUGACUCCCUCCCGUGCAAUUCGGCAGCAGGUUCUAUAUUCUCAGACAUACUUCACGGUCCAAAAAAAAAAAAAUCCUUUUACAAUGCAGCAUUUCCAGCGGGAGUCGGCACGUGGCCCGAUGAAGGACCGAAGAGUUAUGGUUGGGCCUCCGGGGGAAACAUUGCACAACCUUGGGGGAAAGAAACCCCGUGAAACUAGAACAACCUUGUUGCAGGUGUAAAACGAGGAUUAACAACCUGCUGCUGACGCGUGUAGAGAAAGAUACGAGUUUUGACUUUUCUCCUCAGGUUUGUCUGAAGAAGCACUGGACAGGGACGAAUAGAGCUCCUUUGAAACAUUGUGUUUGUUCUUAUUUCACCUGAACAGUUCAGACUUGACAGGAAAAACCCCUGCGACGCGGUUUUUCCCCCCCUGAGGAAGACGCGAAGGAAAACACCAGAGAAAACUUGCGUUCUUUUGAAAUCUGUGCGCGUGUUCCGAUUCUGAGAAGAUGUGUCCGAUCUCCACCCGCCGCUCCUCGGACUUCCAGCUCAUCUCAUGUUUUCAAACCAAACCAAACCACGAGCACUUUAAUGAGGACGGCAGGAGUUUCCUUCGUUCUUCCUCAAAAUGGGCCACAAAUUUUGCUCAAGUUGCCCGGUUGAGCGUUGUGUUUCUUUUUGUUUUUUCUCUCUGUCGCAACACUGUUACUGGCCAGGAUUUCAUAACCAUCCCCCGAAACGUGACGCGGCGUUUAUUCAGACUUCACCGUCACGUCAUCGUCAUCAACUCGCACGUUCUGUUGCCUUUCGCCUGCGUCCCUUCGUGACUGUAGGCUGCCGGUUUCUUUUAUUUUAUUUCAUUUUCAUUUUUUUUUUUUUCAUUCCUGAAUCGUUUUUUGUCAAACUCUCACUCCCAUGUUUCAUUUUGUUGAUUUUUAUGGCUGAGAUUGUUGUUUAUGUUCGUGCCCGACCACCACCACCGCCUGUGUGUGUGUGUGUGUGUGUGUGUGUGUGUGUGUGUGUGUGUGUGUGUGUGUGUGUGUGUGUGUGUGUGUGUGUGUGUGUGUGAGAGAGAGAGAGAGAGUACUUGUCUGGUCUUUUUUUAAUUAUGAUUAUUUUGUACCUCAGAAACACUGUCAGUAAUCGUGCUGAACAACAAUUUUCUUUCUUUCUUUUUCUGGUUCAUCAUGAAUUUCAUUCAUGAGUGAAAUGAGUGACAUGGAGCGACAGGAGCGUGUGAGGGCGAGGGGAGUGUGUAUGUGUGGGGGGGGCAUUUUUAUUUUUAUUUAAUUUUUUUUAACUGAUUGUCCUUCAUUCGCUCUGGCAUGCUUUAACUUUUGGAAAACAACAGAGAAACAGAUUGUGUAAAUACUGUUUUAUAAUUUCUGUCCUAAUGAGUUUUGAAGAUGAUGAAGACGUUAUUAAUAAAACCUGAGAUAUA